AUGGCUUGUCAACAGGAGGACGGCCUGUUGAUGGCAAAACUACACCACUGCUCCCAUUUCCGAAAUGAUGUAGUUGACGAGGUCACGCGUUGGCGUCCCGAGGGGGACGAACAUGUGCAAGAUGACCUCCCUCACAUGGCCGCCCGUGCCUACAUGUUGGAGAGUGAGUGUGUCAAGUCUAAUGUCAAGUCGUGCGGUGAGUGUAUCCAGUUGGGGGAGCAAUGCGGCUGGUGCACCGACCCUCUGUUUUCGGGACCUCGAUGCAAUGAUGUGGAGUACCUACGACAGAGAUGUGAUAAGAUGAGCAUUGAGAACCCACGUGGCAGCAAACAGAUCAUUGAGGAUAAGAACGUGACGGAGCACAGCAACAUGGACCCCAACAGGAAGUUGGACGCCAGCGAGAUCAUUCAACUCCAGCCACAGAAACUCAACCUCAAGCUACGCUCCGGAGAAUCUCAGACGUUCACUCUAAAGUUCAAGCGUGCUGAUUACCCUGUUGAUAUCUACUUCUUGAUGCAUCUGAGUGACUCCAUGAAGGACGAUCUGGAGAACUUGAAAAACCUCGGCACGGACUUGAUUCGCGAGAUGCAGUCUAUCACCUCCGACCUCAGAAUCGGCUUUGGCUUGUUAGUGGAGGACACCGUUACGCCGGCAAAACUCUGCAGAGGGGGCCAGAACUGCAGACGUCCAUUGAGCUUCAAGAAUGUGCUGAAACUCACCUCCGAUGGGUCGCAGUUCAACACCGUGAUGGGUCAACAGCAGAUAUCAGGCAAACCGGGGUCGUCUGAGGGUGGACUGGACGCCAUUUUGCAGGUGGCAGCUUGUGGGGAUCUGAUUGGCUGGCGUAACGGCACGCGCCUGCUGGUGUUCGUCGCGGACGGCGACUUCCGCGGCAAGUCAGCAGCCAGUGCACUACCGCCCAACGACGGCCAGUGCCACUUGGAAAAUAACAUGUACACUACGAGCCAUGACUCCCCCUCCAUCGCACAGCUGGCCCAGACACUGAGGGAGAACAACAUCCAGACCAUGUUCGCCGUUACAGAGGAGUUCGUGCCUGCCUACAGGGAGCUGAGGUGGUUGAUCUCCGGGUCGCUGUUGAAGACCCUGACAGCCGACUCCUCCAACAUCAUCAAGCUGAUCACUACAGAUGACUACAGCCCCCUGUAUUCUGGGGUCGUCCUGGAGUCGUCCUGGAGUAGACGUCCCGAUGGCGUCUCCAUUUCCUUCGUGUCCCACUGCAAGGAUGGCAAGACAGGCUACAGAGCGUGCCCUGACAUCUCCAUCGGGGAUGAGGUGACAUUCGACGUGGCCGUGACCGCCAAGGGCUGCCCCUCGCAGGGACGGGAGACGAUCAAGAUCAAGGCACGGGGCUUCCAACAGGAAGUGGAGGUCAGCCUGGACUUCCUGUGUGCCUGUGCCUGUCAACGCGACAGGGUCCCCAACUCCCCUCACUGCUCCGAUGGCAAAGGCACUCUGGAGUGCGGUGGUUGCCGGUGUAAUGAGGGUUACCUAGGAAGGGAUUGUGAGUGCUCCUUGUUAAACAACUUGGACGACGAUUGCAGAGCAUAUGAGGGGGGCGAAAUCUGUUCCAAUAACGGCGACUGCAUGUGCGGGGAGUGCGUGUGCAAGAGGAGAGAAAAUCCGCUGGAGAGGUACUCCGGCAGAUACUGCGAGUGUGACAACUUCAACUGUGAUCGUUCUAACAACAAGCUAUGUGGAGGACACGGUCGUUGCGAGUGCCGCGAGUGCAUCUGUGAUGAGGGCUACACCGGCUCCGCGUGUGACUGCGCCUUGGAUACGUCCUCCUGCAUGGCCACGAACCAACAGAUUUGUAACGGGCGGGGAAUUUGUGAUUGUGGACGCUGCAGGUGUACAGACUCCAAAUUCCAGGGUCCCACGUGUGAGAUAUGCCCCACCUGUCCCGGCGUCUGUCCUGAGCACAGGGACUGUGUCCAGUGCCGUGCGUUUGGCACGGGGGCCAAGAAGGACACAUGCCAACUGGAGUGUAUGUACUUUAAGCUGGAGAUGAUCAAGAGUCGCGCCGAGCUGCCGGAGCCUUCUGAGGGAGAGAGGUUCCUCAGCCACUGCAAGGAACGGGAUGCAGAUGACAAUUGGUUCUACUAUACCUACGGUAUCGAGGCCGACCACACCAAGAUGGUACACGUAGUGGAAAGAACCGGGUAAGACGCCGCCUCCGGGCCACACAUGGGCUGCCUCCGGUCCACCAUCACCGUCUGGAAUGACGACAGGCCACACCCACCUCCGAUGCUGCCCAAUCUCACAGAAUUCUGUCCGUUUUUGUGGAUUUUUGCCAAAAUUACGUGCCAUGGUCACAGAAGUUCUCUCUACCCUAAUCCCACAGCACUAUGUUAAGUCUGUCAUUACAAAAUUAAUAGCAUAUUUUGUUAAAAAAAUAAAAAAAUAAAUAUAAGAAAGAAUGCUAUAGCAAUCGAAGCUUUGCCCUGACCUAAACAAUCCCUCACCUUAAAGGGACACUGUGUGAGAUUUUGAGUUGUUUAUUUCCAGAGUUCAUGCUGCCCAUUCACUAAUGUUUCAUUUUUAAUGAAUACUUACCACCAGCAUCAAAUUCUAAGUAUUCAUUAUGACUGGAAAAAUUGCACUUUUAAUACAUGAAAAGGGGCAUCUUCUUCAUGGUCCGCCAUUUUGAAAUUCCAAAAAUAGCCAUUUUUAGCUGCAAAAAUGACUCUACUUGGACCAUACUAGAAAAUAUUUGCUUAUUACUUAGUAAACUUUCAUGUAAAGAUCAAGUUUUGCAAUAGGCACCCCAGUUUCAAUGAGCAGCAUAGUUGCAGUACCUUUUUUUGACCAUUUCCUGCACAGUGUACCUUUAACCUGUCAUUAAAAUUAUUUUUUGAGAAAUGUGUUUUCCCGUUGGUUGAUAAUUGGCUGUAAAAUUAUUGUACUAAAUGAAAGAAUAAUAAAAGAAAGAUGAAUACUAGUAGUCUAGCAUGUAGUCCACGAAAAACACUUCUGUGACCAUCGUAUGGAAUUUUGUCAAAAUCCAUGAAACUAUCAAAAAGUGUAAGGUGCGCGCACAUCCCAAGGUGACAACUAGCUACGGGUGCAGAUUAUCAAAAAACGUAAAUGAGAAAAAGGAGAAAAAAUAUUCGCACACCGUAAAAGCUCCCUUGUCGUGAUUUUAAUUUGACAAAUGGCACAACGUUUCGACCAGCAAGGUCUUCGUCAGGUGUCGAAACGUUGUGCCAUUUCU